CUGCCACUUGGGAGUGAGUCAUGUGCGGUGGCAGUCUCUGCCCGAGCCGUUCACCUGUCUCCUCUGGGGGUUCCGCAGCGCCCGACAGCACAGUGGGAUCCCAAAACAAAGGCGGUGGGCUCCCGGAGCCGGCACCGCCGGUUCAGUCCUCCGGCCACGGCUCUGUCGUUGUCCCAGAACGCGAGGAUAUGCCGGAGUUUGUGGUGACGGCGCUGCUGGCGCCCUCACGCCUCUCGCUGAGGCUGCUGCGCGCCUUGGUGAUGAGCCUGGUGUAUCUGGCUGCCUUGGUGGCCGCCGCUGUCUACAGCUGCAGCGCGCUCACCACCGUGCUGUGCCGCCCCCGCCGGGGCUGCUGCGGCCGCCAGCGGCUGUCGGCGCCAGACUGCCUGAGAGACCCCACGCUGGGCGAGCACUGCUUUCUGACCCUUAGGAGUUCCGGCCUACGUCUUCACUAUGUCUCUGCUGGUCGCGGCAACGGGCCCCUCAUGCUAUUUCUGCAUGGCUUCCCAGAGAACUGGUUCUCCUGGCGCUACCAGCUGCGGGAGUUCCAGAGCCGUUUCCAUGUGGUAGCUGUGGACCUGCGUGGUUACGGCCCCUCAGAUGCUCCAAAGGAUGUGGACUGUUAUACCAUUGACCUGCUGUUGGCUGAUAUCAAGGAUAUCAUUCUAGGCCUGGGGUACUCCAAGUGCAUCCUUGUGAGCCAUGACUGGGGGGCUAUCCUUGCCUGGAAUUUCUCCAUCUACUUCCCAUCCCUAGUGGAGCGGAUGGUCGUGGUCAGUGGACCUCCUAUGUCGGUGUUCCAAGAAUACUCAAUCCGCCACAUUGGCCAGUUAUUCCGAUCGAACUACGUGUUCCUGUUCCAGCUUCCCUGGUUGCCAGAGACGCUCUUGUCUUUGUCGGACUUCCAGAUUCUGAAAGCCGUUUUCACCCACCGCAAGAAGGGCAUCCCGCGUCUGACCCCUUGUGAACUCGAAGCUUUCCUUUAUCACUUCUCGCAACCUGGAGGCCUCACGGGGCCCAUCAACUACUAUCGGAACCUGUUCAGGAACUUCCCCCUGGAGCCCCAAGAACUGUCCACACCCACACUGCUGCUGUGGGGGGAGAAAGACCACACCUUACAGCAGGGGCUUGUGGGAGCCAUUGGUAGUCAUUUUGUGCCAGGUCGGCUGGAAAGCCACAUCCUGCCAGGCAGUGGGCACUGGAUUCCACAGACCCAUCCUCAGGAGAUGCAUCAGUACAUGUGGGCCUUCUUGCAAGACCUACUGGACUAGUGGCCCCUGCUCGCCAGCCCAACAGGUACAUAAUAUGCAGGAGCACACACCCUCCGUCCUUGUGGACCUGAGAGUCUGUGCAGUGUGUGCACACAGGAUGGACUCCCAGCUCACCCACAGCAAAUGACUCCACUGUUGCACACAAAAGCAUCCAUGGGUGCCCUGCCUCACACAUAGCAUGGCUGUUUGACUCUGGUAGCCAAGAAUGCUUCUCCCUUGUGGAGUCAGAAGAUAAGACUGUCUUACCCCUCUUUUCCAAAGCGUUCCUGCCCCAGUGGCUACAUAAACCACAAAUUCUAACCUUUCUGUCUUGUUCUCUACCUCCAAUCUGCAGUUUAGGUCUUCUCCAAUAUUGCGAGCAAUAUAUUUCUUUUUUGUUUUUUGAGACAAGGUUUCUCCGUGUAGCCCUGACUCUCCUGGAACUCACUCUGUAGACCAGGCUGGCCUCAAACUCAGAGAUCCGCCUGCCUCUGCCUCCAGAGUACUGGGAUUAAAGGCAAGCGCCACCAUCACCAGCUGCAUCCAAUUUAUUCCUAACCCACAAGGAUACUUCAAUUUACAUGUUAAUUAGCUAAAGUGAAAUUUCAUUUUACUGUGAAAAAUACAGUGCCUCCAGAGCUGGGAAGGUGGCUCAGUGGUGAAGAGCAUUUAUUGCUCUUAUAGAGCAAUAAAUUUUUUUUUUUCAAGACAGGGUUUCUCUGUGAAGCUUUGGCUGUCAUGGAACUCUCUCUGGAGACUAGGCUGACCCGCCUGCCUCUGCCUCCACAGUGCUGGGAUUAAAGGCGUGUGCCACCACCACCCAGCAAGAAGUACACAUGUAUUUUUUUUUAAAAAAAGACAGUGCCUUGGUCACAAUAGCUGUGUUUUAACUGCUAAAUCAUGUAAGUAUAGAAAGUUGUAUCAAACUCUUUCUUUUUGAAUUUGAAUAUCAAAUUCAAAGAUGAUAUUACCAGCUUAAGAAAGAUGGUUUGGCGGGUGGCGGUGAUGGGGUACGCCUUUAAUCCCAGCGAUGGGGAGGCAGAGGCAGGCGGAUCUCUGUGAGUUCAAGGCCAGCCUGGUCUACAGAGCGAGUUCCAGGACAGUCAAGGCUACACAGAGAAACCCUGUCUAAAAAUCCCCCCCCCAAAAAGAUGGCUCCUCAGGUGAGGGUACCUGCUACCAACCCUGAGAGCCCGAGUUCAGGUGAAUGUGCACACAGCCACACAAAUGCAAAAUAAGUGAAUCAACUUUCAAAAAGAAAGGGGGGCUUGCUGGACACAAUGGUGCACCCCUGCAAUCUCAACACUUGAAGAGCUGAGGUGGGAAUAUUGCUGAGUUCAAGAGGUGCUGAAGACCGCCCUCAUCCACAAUGGCCUAUCACUUGGCAUCCAUGAAGCUGGCAAAGCCUUAGACAAGCGCCAAGCCCAUCUCUGUGUGCUUGCAUCCAGCUGUGAUGAGCCUAUGGACGUCAAGUCAGGGGAGGCACUUUGUGCUGAGCGCCAAAUCAACCUAAUUAAGGUUGAUGACAGCAAGAAAUUAGGGGAAUGAGUAAGCCUGGAAACUGAGGAGCGGGGAAGCCUGGUAAAGUGGUUGGCUGCAGUUGGGUAAUGGUUAAGGACUAUGGCAAAGAAUUUCAGGCCAAAGAUGUCAUCGAAGAGUACUUCCAAUGCAAGAAAUGAAUGAAUAAAAGUUUCCG